ACUGUCAGUAGAGUGGGCACACCUCACACCAGUAACGCGAGAAUGCGUUCCGCGUUCGUAACGGAAUUACCUCUAAUCUCGACCUUCUCAACUCACGCACUUCCUCACUUCACCUCCAUUCCCAUUCAUUCACCCGUGCACGCUUCAAAUUUCAAUUCCCCAUUCCUCACUCCUCACUCUCUCGUUCUCUCCGCACCGCCAUCGAACAUAACAUGACCUCUCACGCGCCGUCAGAGGACGACGAUGCACCGCUUCGCCGCCGGUGAUUCCUCCGCCGACAUGCUACCGGAGGCCAAAGUCCUCCAUCUCCGGCGCACCGUCGCCGCUUCACUCUUUUUCGCCACCGUUUCUCUCUCUUGCUUGGUCCUCUUCAGAGACGUUAAUUCCCACCGAUUUUUCUCCACCUUCCCUUCCUCUUAUACGUUUUAUGGUUUGCCUAGCAUUUUCCCGUCCGCCUACAACGAUCCCGUAGCGACAAGCAAUGAAUAUCCACUUGAAAAGGUCCUGAACGAGGCUGCAAUGAAAGACAAAACUGUAAUAUUGACCACGUUAAAUGAAGCAUGGGCAGCUCCAAAUUCAGUCAUCGAUCUUUUCCUUGAGAGCUUUAGAAUAGGAGAUCGUACCCGUACUCUUUUAAAUCAUUUGGUAAUCAUUGCAUUGGACGAAAAGGCGUUUGCACGCUGUCAGGUUAUACAUACUCAUUGCUUUUUUCUUGUUAGUGAAGAAGCUUACUUCAAUGAAGAAGCGUAUUUUAUGACCCCUCGCUACUUGAAGAUGAUGUGGAGAAGGAUUGAUUUUCUACGUUCUGUUCUUGAGUUGGGGUACAAUUUUGUGUUCACGGAUGCCGAUAUCAUGUGGUUUAGGAACCCAUUUCCACAGUUUCACCAUGAUGCAGAUUUCCAGAUAGCGUGUGAUCAUUUUACAGGUAGCUUUGAUGAUGUACAGAACAGACCCAACGGAGGGUUCAACUUUGUAAAGUCCAAUAAUAGGUCAAUAGAGUUUUACAAAUUCUGGUAUUCUUCACGAGAAUCCUAUCCUGGAUACCAUGAUCAAGAUGUCCUUAACUUCAUCAAGGUUCAUCCUUUCAUUACUGUUAUUGGACUGAAGAUGAGGUUUUUGGAUACAACUAAUUUUGGUGGGCUUUGUGAACCAAGUAGGGAUUUAAACCAAGUUUGUACGAUGCAUGCAAACUGUUGCUUUGGUAUGGAUAGCAAGCUUCACGAUCUUAGAAUUAUGCUUCAGGAUUGGAAACAUUAUCUAUCCUUGCCUCCAAGUUUGAAGAAGUUGUCUGUUGUUUCCUGGAGGGUUCCUUCAAAAUGCAGCCUUGAUUCUCUCAGGUACCUUGAUUCACCAGAGAAGAGUGUUCAAGAAUGAAGUAUUCAUUGCAUGUGUUACAUUUCUCUGACUUAAAUGUGGGAGUUCAGCAAUGCUCUUGGAUGAAAGGUUUGGUAAAGGUUUGAGUAAGAAAAUCAAUUUUGCUAAACCAAAAUUUGAAGGAAGAAUCUUUCCGCGUAAAAACUCACUCAGGCAAUGUGAAAGAUGUAACAUGCUGUUCUAUUCGUUGAUUUUUUGUGUUUCCUAGUGCAAUUUUUCUGUGCUUUGCACAAUUUUGUGCAACAUUAUGUUCUAGUGGAACUAUUUUCGAUCCUCAACACCCACCAUGUCUUCAUCGCUUCCCCCAAAUGAAGAAGUACAUAAACAGAGAAACCCAAUCCGUCUUUAACUAGUUUAGAAAUCGAAGAUAACGAGUUGGAAGAUAAUAGUUGAAAGUGAUGUUUCAUGUUGAUGGCUGAUUUCUGCCUUGAACCAUUGCUCUGCUUCCGUUUCUUUGCUCUGUAGCACAUUUACUAAUUAUGCUGUUAGUGACUCCUACCUGUCCCUGCUCUUGACCAAAUUGAAUGCUUUUAAAUUCUGUAGUUCCUCGGAGGGAAGGUAUGCAGACAGACAUACAUGUGGUCAAGGGAACCAGCUAAAAGUGUUUUUCGGAGAAGUUGGUAUGGAUGAAAUUCGUAUUUUGAAUUGGGACAGUAUCUUAUUCUUGCAAUUUUUUUUUCUUUA